AGCGCGUAAGGUGCACACGUUUCCCGCCACGCUGCACUCGACGUCUCACGGACGCAAGAUGUCUGAAUCUGAGGGAUCAUCAUCCAGAAAAAGAAAAUGUCAAACUGAAAAGAACCGACAUGUCAUUCCUAUAAAAAGUUUAGAAACUUCUGUACUCAGCGUGAUGGAACAGGAAGAUACAGAUUCAGAUUUUAGCCAGUUCGAUGACAGCGAUGCAGAUCCUAAUUUUGUACUCGAAGAAGGUGAGGAUACGAAUUCUGAGCAGUCGGAGUUAGAGGCUGAGGAUAUUUCUGACAUGAACACUCAAGAAAAUCAAAAUAUGGCUGGUGAUGUUAACUUACUGUUACCCGAGGCUUCCAUAGAAUCAGGUAUGGAUGUUGAAGUUAAUAUUUCUCCUCAAAAUAUUGGCGACAGUUAUUUAUGCCUCAGUCAAGUACCUCAAUCCGAUGCUCAAUGCCACACUCAAGUACCUCAACCCGUAACUCAGCCUUCCGAGAUUCCACCACGCAACUACUAUGGCCGAAAUCGUUAUAAGUGGUCUUCUGUAGAGCCAAUUGCCCGUAAUACGCGAACACAACUACACAAUGUAGUUCACAUGUCAAGAAGACUGGCACCAUCAACAUUUAAUAAUCUAACGGAGCUUUGGGAACUUUUUAUAACAAAUGACAUGCUUACUUUAAUUGUUACAUUUACAAACAAAAAAAUUGAAGGCUACAGAGCGAAAUACAAAGAUCAAGGUAAAUCCGAACUUCGUGCAACUACUGAAAUUGAAAUGAGGGCCUUUUUUGGUUUUUUAUAUUAUACUGCUGUUUUUAAAUCCAAUAGGGAAAAUUCAGACUUCAUUUUUGCCACUGAUGGCUCCGGUAGAGAAAUUUUUCGAUGUGUUAUGAGCAAGCAUCGCUUCUUGGUUCUAUUACACUGUCUUCGAUUUGAUGAUGCUGAUACACGUGCAUCUAGAUUACUUACAGAUAAAAUAGCAGCUAUAUCAGAAAUAUUACAGAAGUUUAUACAGAAUUGCCAAAGUAACUACACGCUUGGAACACACGUCUAUAUUGACGAAAUGUUAAUAGCGUUUAGAGGAAGAUGCAAAUUCAUAAUUUACUUACCGAGUAAACCAGCUAAAUAUGGAAUAAAAAUGCUUCUUUUAGUUGACGCUCGAACUUUUUACAUUUACAACGCUUAUAUCUAUUAUGGAAAAGGGUCGGAUGGAGAAGGACUCACUGAAUCAGAAAAGAAACUGGGGGUGCCAACUCAAAGUUUGUUACAUUUGUGCAAAGUUAUCGAAGGUACCCACCGAAAUGUCACCGCUGAUAAUUAUUUUUCUUCAAUUGAAGCUGUGGAAUGCUUGACUGAGAGAGGACUUACAUAUUUAGGUACACUGAAGAAAAAUAAAAGAGAAAUCCCACCAGAAUUUCAGGCCGCAAAGAAUAGGAAAGUUGGAGAAGUAUUAUACGGAUUUACAAAGGACAUUACAAUUAUAUCUUACGUUCCAAAACCGAAUAGAGUUGUUUUGGUUAUUUCAUCAAUGCACCAUAAUAAGGAGACUGAUUUGGAUACGCAGAAACCUGCGAUAAUCAUUGAUUAUAAUCACACAAAAGGAGGUGUUGACGAGGUAGACAAGAAAUGUGCCAACUACUCUUGCUCUCGUAGAACUAGACGUUGGCCAAUGGUUAUAUUUUAUCGGCUGCUUGACAUGAGUGGUGUCAAUGCAUAUAUAUUAUAUAAAGAUUGCGAAAAUUGCGAAAAUACAAAACCUAUGAAUCGAGGAGAUUUUUUGCGCAGUUUAGCUCGCGAAUUAGUUUUGCCUCAACUCAAGUUGAGAGUUUACAAUGAUAGAAUUCCAAGAGAACUGAGGUUCACUAUUCAAAGAAUAAUUGGAAAAGCAAAUAUGCCCCCCGCUCCUUCGACAGCUUCGACUUCAGGAGCCCUUGAAGUACGAAAAACUUGUGCCAUAUGCCCAAGUAAAAUGAGAAGACGAACAAAAUAUUUUUGUUGUAUCUGUUCAACACCUAUGUGCCUGAGUUGCUGUAAUCAGAUUUGCAAUGACUGCAAAUAAGGUGCUAAUUUGUAUUUUUUAUUGUUAUUUCCUUUAAUUUCCUACAUUUACUGUUAAGUAUUUGAUAAAAGACUAAUAUAUAAGACUUCAUUAUAGAAAAUUAAUGCAAGACUGAUCGAGUACAAAGAAUUACUUAGUAUUAAAAUAUUGUUAAGUGAUCAUACAAAAUAAUGAGACUUUAAACCUUGUGAUUUUUUUUGUAGUAUAUUUUAGGCUAGUUUUUCUCAGUAUAUCCUAAUGUUUGAAGUUUAAAUAUUAGGAAAAUAUAUGUUUAACAUAGUUACUACUUUCUAUUUUUGAAAUAAUGUGAUUCAAUGUC